CUCCCUAAAGGCUGUUCGAAUCCCUCAGUGCCAGCGCCAGUGGUAAGCGCUACAAACAAACACCAACAGCCGUAUUAUAAAAGAAGUGCAUACUUGCGAAAAAGUGAUACAUCCUACACGAUUGGAGAUUGAACAGCCAUUUGAGUAUUCUCUGUGGAAGUCUAUCUUGCUCAGGAGAAGGUCCAGUCUGUUCCUGUGCAGAUCCCUGUGCAGAUCCCUGUGAACACUCAGCAAGAGAAAGGAACCGAAAAUUCUUGUGCAAGGGAGGAAGGACUUGUUCAAGAAUUCAAGGAAAGGAGAGAUCCAUCACAAUUUUUUUGGACUCAUGAUAUUUGUCGGCGGGCUUUUUCUACAAGAGAAGAUCCUCGGGACGUCGUGAAGAUUUCUAAUCGGAUGAGUUAAUUUUUGGCAUCAGAAAACACAAAGACCCUUUUUGACAUGUGGGAGAUUUUUGUUUAGUGUUAGAGCUCGUAUAUCUAUGAAACCAGAGCACUUCACUAAAUCUGCUUCCAUCCGCAAAUUGCAGAUAAUUAAAUGGGCAUCUUACAAAUGUGAUAUUAAAACAUAUAGUGAUACAGACGGCUUUAUGAUGCAUCACGUGGCAGCAUCCCUGAUUCACUAACCGACGCUGAAAAUGACGGCGAUGUAACAUAGGGUUUCACUUUCUUCAUUGUCAUGUGACUUUGAACCUUUGAGCAUUCUUUUUUCCAAACUUUUCCAAACAAGACAGUCUUGUCCGUCAGUUUAAUGAGGUGAGCAGUGGCUUUCAGUGACCUCCAUCGCCGAUAAGAGACUCUCUGUGAACUCUUUUUUUUUUUCUGCAUGCGUUUCAGUAGAUCUUAAAAUGAUUCGGUAAAAGGUUUGUCGUAAAAGCAAACUGGCACACUGUGUGGCAGGACGACACCUGUGUCUCUCCCCCUCCAUCUGUUGUCAAAGUGGAACUGCUACACAGACUGCAGUUUGAUCCCCGGGCACACACACGACUUCUACAGACUGCUUCCUGGCUUAACAUAAUACCAUCCAAUCAAACCCGUUCAUUUGCCAAUCCGCAUCAAGUCCGAUCAGAUUUUUGAGUCUGACAAAAGAGCAAAUGGUUCAGAUAAACUUGUGAAGGAUUUAAUCUACCCAGACUGGAAACUGUAGCACCCAUAAUUCAUCCGAGACGAGACCGACACACAAGCUGCUCCUGAAUCUGGUUCAAAGAGGGAAAUCGUCCCCGCUUCAUAGACCUCCUCUACACUUCCGCUUCAAAAGAAUCCACUUCCUGCCGGGCCAGUUUUUCUGGAUUGCCAUUCCAGAUCAUUCCUGCAACCUUUUGACCCAUCUCCCAGUGUUUCACCCUGGACGAAGGGAUCUGCCUCUGUGGAAAAGGGCUGUGCUGUCCUGGCGGAGGUGGAGAAGGGGUUGUGGGUGUGCUGCUCCCCGUCUGUCAGUGCACGCUGUCUGUGAUCAGUGCCAACAGGCCUGAGGAAGCGAGUCGAGUCGGACUGAGAGAGGGGGCAGAGGACUUCAGAGCCACAGACUCUGGGAUCCUGGCCAUGAGGUUUGAUGCCUCGAUCCACUGACCGGAAACACUGGACCUAAAUGGCGCAGCAUGACUUUGUCCCUGCCUGGCUUAACUUCUCCACGCCCCAGCCUGCCAAGUCCCCUGCUGCCAACCUUGAGAAACAAGGUGAGCCCCACCUCCACAGAGACGGCAGAACCGCUGUGAGCCGCCGCCGCCACAACUCCUCCGAUGGCUUCUUCAACAACGGUUCCCUGCGUGCUCCAACAGGUGACGGCUGGCAGCAGCCCUCUCUGCUUCUGAGGCAUGACUCGGUGGACUCUGGGGUGGCCAAAGGAGGACACGGUGGGCUGGCGGGGGGCUCCUGUUGGAAGGAAACACCCAGUUGGCACGGAGCUCCGCGGGGAGCCCCAGACGGCCACCACCACCAGGGACGCCACCCCAAACGGGUAGGAGGCGACAGGGACAGGCAGGUGGGGCACCGGCAGCGCAAUGGCAACUUUCAUCCCCGCAAGGGCCCCUCGUACCAGGACAAGUUCCCCAACGAGGAACGCAAAGACGGCAAGGACGACAAGCUCAAGUUUGUGGAAGAGGACUUUCCUUCCCUCAACCCUGAAACAACUGGAAAGCCUGGGACUCAGAUGCGAGCAGUGGCUCCACAUGCUGGAGUGUGGGAAAACCCUCCUAGUGGCAAACAGAUGGUGUCCAAAAUGCUGGUAAUCAAGAAGGUUUCCAAGGAGGACCCCAGCACAGCCUUCUCCGCGGGGUUCGCCACUGCUGGCGCCUUGCCCACCAACGGCAGCAAAGCUCCGAUCACAGGCUCCAGUGUCUACAAGAACCUGGUCCCAAAGCCUGCUGUGGCCCCCACCAAAAGCACCCAGUGGAAAUCCGGUGGUAGAGAGAUCACUAAGCCUGGCCUUCACAUGCCGGGCCGAGAUUCAGUCUUCACCAGCCCAGUCUCUGCAGCCAAACCCAGCACCCCCACCAGUGCACCACAGCACAACACCCCUAAAGAGCACCCUUCCAGCACGACUCCUCCCAUAGACAUUGCCCCGUCAAGGCUGAAGCUGAUGCGCCGCGGUCCAGACCGUAAGAGCGAGUUCCUGAGGGCUCUGAAGGACGAGGGGACCGGAGAGCUGACAACAAGCAGCAGCCCAGGAACAUCAGGAGAGGGUGAAAGCAGCACCCCAGAGCCCAAAGCCUACAGCGAGGAGGUCUGUCACGAGAACGGUCUGUCCUACUCCCUCAGUGACUCAGAUACCGAACACCUGUCCAGCUCCCUGGAAGCAGAGCACCGGUUGCUGAAGGCCAUGGGCUGGCAGGAGUACCCAGAAAACGAUGACAACUUCCUGCCUCUAACGGAGGAUGAACUGAGGGAGUUCCAAACUAAAACUGAACAGCUGAAGAGGAACGGCAUGCAGAGGAACGGGGUUCUUCCGAGGGCGCGGGGUGUCACCCUCCACUUCACCCCCUGGAGGAGUGUGGCGGAGGCGAACGUCGAGGAGGGCUCCGAGUCCGAAACCAGUAGCAGCAGCCAGACCUCUGACGACGACGACUGCAUCAAAUCCUAACGUGGCUUUACGGAACAAAAUAAAAAACAAACAAACAAACAAACAAACAAACAAACAAACAAACAAACAACAACAACACAACAGCCAACACAACAUCCCAGCAAGCAAUCCCCCUCUUCCUCUCUCAUCUUUGUUUUUAGAGCACCAUUUUGAAUUUUCUUUUUGUUUUGAUUUUUUUUGUUGUUGUCAUUCUUGCACAAGGGAAAAACCAAUCAUAUCCCAGUGAAGGGGGAGAUUCCUGCUCCGCCAGACGUCGUUUUCCCUGCGUGUCCUCCUUCACUGCAGUCCCUGCCCUCUUUGACCUCCCUCCCCCCCUCCAACCCCUCACAUCCCCCACUCCUCCUUUUUUUUCUUCCUCGCUUUGUGGAACUGAAGUGUUCAUCAAGAAAAGAAGGGCAAUGAAUGCACACUUGAUUCUGCUUUAAACAGACUAACUCAUUUCAUUGAUGAUGCUGAUGACACAUUAUUAAUGAUAUUAAUAAAAAUUGGUUCCUGACAAGCUGAUAUGUUUCAAUAUGAA